AUGGAGAGCCUGGCGCAGCCCCCGCCGCCCCCGGGCUCGCUGCAGACGGGCGGCGGGGGCGCUGCCAGCCGGCUCCGCCUGGGAGAGGCGGCGGCGGACGAAGGCGGCUGCAGGGAGGCCGAGGAGGGCGGCGAGCGGCGCAGCCCUUCCCCUCCUCCGGCCCCCGCUCCCGCCGCGGCCCCUCGGACCGCGUCCCCCUCCCGGGCCGCGGAGAGUGGUGAGGCGGCGGAGGGCGCGGGGCUGGCGGUACCGGAGAGUCCCGGAGCGGCGCCCGCUUCGGAGAGCGGUCCCGCGGGAGCCGGCUCCGGGAGCAGCGGCGCUCCCAGCCCGCCGGGGGAGGAGUCCCGCAGCCUGGACUCGCUGGAGUCCUUCUCCAACCUGCACUCCUGCUGCCCGAGCAGCUCCGAGCUCAACAGCGACGCCGACGAGGCGGUGGUGGCGGGGGCCUCCUCGGGGGGCCCGGCCCCGGAGCCCGAAGGGGACAGGCCGGCGGCGGGCUCCCAGCUCCUCUCCGCUUCCAAGGAGCGCUUCCCGGGGCAGUCGGUCUAUCACAUCAAGUGGGUCCGCUGGAAGGAGGAGAACACGCCCGUCAUCACCCAGAACGAGAACGGCCCCUGCCCGUUGCUGGCCAUCAUGAACGUGCUGCUCCUGGCCUGGAAGAUUAAACUGCCACCAAUGAUGGAAAUCAUAACGGCUGAACAGCUGAUGGAAUACUUAGGAGACUACAUUCUUGACGCAAAACCUAAAGAGAUAUCUGAAAUUCAGCGACUUAAUUAUGAGCAGAAUAUGAGUGAUGCAAUGGCAAUUCUGCAUAAGUUGCAGACAGGUCUGGAUGUCAAUGUGAAGUUCACAGGUGUCCGAGUAUUUGAAUACACACCUGAAUGCAUAGUGUUUGAUCUUCUUGAUAUCCCCUUGUACCAUGGAUGGUUAGUGGACCCUCAGGUUGCUGACAUAGUAAAAGCAGUUGGUAACUGCAGUUACAAUCAGCUGGUGGAGAAGAUCAUUUCUUGUAAACAGUCAGAAAACAGUGAACUGGUUAGCGAAGGGUUUGUAGCUGAGCAGUUCCUAAAUAACACAGCUACACAAUUGACAUACCAUGGACUGUGUGAGUUGACUUCAGCUGUCCAGGAGGGAGAACUUUGUGUGUUCUUCAGGAACAACCAUUUUAGCACCAUGACCAAAUACAAGGGUCAGCUUUACCUGCUGGUGACAGACCAGGGCUUCCUUACAGAGGAGAAGGUUGUGUGGGAAAGCUUACACAAUGUGGAUGGUGACGGGAAUUUCUGUGACUCCGAAUUCCACCUGCGGCCUCCAUCAGACCCUGAAACUGUCUACAGAGGGCAGCAGGAUCAAAUAGAUCAGGAUUAUCUGAUGGCAUUAUCUCUACAACAAGAGCAGCAGAAUCAAGAGAUUAACUGGGAACAGAUCCCAGAAGGAAUCAGUGAUCUAGAGCUAGCAAAGAAGCUCCAGGAAGAGGAGGACAGGAGAGCUUCUCAGUACUAUCAGGAACAAGAACAAGCAGCUGCUCAGGUCCAGCAGGUACAAGGUGCUGCCUCUCCAGCCAGCGCAAGACAAUCCGUGAGUAACGAACGCAAACGCAAAGAACCUCGAGAGAAGGAGAGGGAGAAGGAGAAGAACAGCUGUGUUCUCUUGUAACAGAAAAUGGAUUCCAUCCGGAGCCAAGUGCAUGUCCUCAGAAGCAAAAACAAGGAGUAAAAAGGAAGACAAACCUGUUACAUGCCGCCUGUGCCUGAUUACCCCAUGGACUUUGUUCAUGUUCCAAGAGAGGAUGGAUGACUUUGUAACAAUCAGACGGACUUCCUUCAAAGUCAUAGUGCGUGCUGCUCAAGAGGGAAUUCCAAAUCACAGUUGGAUGCGGCUGUGCUUUGAGUUAGUCAUAAGAAAUACUGCACCUUGUAGCUGAACACACAACUCAUGGCAAGUCCUGUGUCAUAGUGACAUCCAUUACUCAUUACAUCAGUUAGUAAGCUAUUUUAUCUUCUACUCUAAACAAAGGUAAUUCAUUUUGUGUAAGGCUUUUUCCUGAAGUCUGUACACGAGCACAAUGGAGUUCUGUGUUACUUCCAUAGUACGAAACUAUAUCUUAGGCUGGGUAUAGUCUCCAUGACACAAGAGCCCAAAUAACAGCUGGGCACUGCCUCCUCAGUGUGUCCAGAUUUCUUUGCUUCUGGAUCUGGUAUGUUCUUUUUUUGAACCCAGAUUUAUACUUGUUACUGCUAUCACUGCAUCUCCCGGCCAGCUUUCUUGCCCCAAGAAUAUGUGACUUGAUAGGCAGCAUACAAAAAUUGUCAUGAAAAAAAUGGGGCAUUUGUUAAAAAGCAAGAUGAAUAUUGUUUGCUUUUCUUGCAACUACAAACUGGGUAUGGCAACUCAGAUAUUAUCAGGGUUAAACAAGUAAUUUUAUAGGUAACUUCUUUUUCUUUUAUUAUUUUUUUCUCUUGUAGGUAAACUGGACCAGAUAAGCUUUUAUUUAUUGACCUCUCCAUAUGAUAGAUGAAUGAUGAGAGGAUACUAAAGUCUAUAAUAAUCAUUAUUCUAUAUAAGAAUGCAGAGUUAAAAUAACUAACUAUCUGCCUUUUAUCCAAAAGUACCUUGAACUUCAACAUGACGUUAACGUGUCCACUUGUAUAUUUAAGCAAGUGUACUGUAGUUAAAAACACACUUUUUUGUUUGUUUUAUAAAUCAUAUAUUUUUAAAAAAAGCACACUUCUGAAGGGGUGAGAGGAGUGAAACUGCUCUCUGAGAUGGUUUGAAAGGUGGUCAGGUGUAAUAUUUUGUUUUAUAAAUCACUAAUUUAGAAUUUUUGGAAACCAGAUUUUUCUAAUUUAUGGGAACCAAAUAAACAUGUUGCAUCUUGUAGUAUUUAUAGAAUGCAGAAACAGAACACUUGAUGAAUUUUGAGGGAACCACAAAUCUUCCUCCACUUCCAUUAAAUCAAUAGCAAUUACCGUCUUGCGUUUGAUACAAAUUUCUAUUUAGCGAUUUGUAGAUACUUUUGAAAAAGGCUGCUUCUCCUCGACAAGUUCUGUAUCUGUGCUCUAAGCCUUAGUGUUCACACAGAAUAACCUGGGCAAGCUAAGGUGGAAUAUGACAUUCCUGCUUCCAGGUGUUUGAAGAAUGUCUAGAAAGGUGGGUGUCUAACAUAAGUCACCAGUAAAAAGCCACUUGACAAUUGUUUCAAGCAAACUUGAUGGCAACCACUCAUCACACACAUCUGUCACCAACCUAGAAUGAAAAUGAGAUCAAGGAAGAAUGUCUUACCAAUUAAAGGGCCAAUUUUGUAUCACUUUUCUUCCAUGCCUUUUCCUCUUUUGUUUUGUUCCACUUUUGUUACGAUUUCCCUUUUAUAAUGAUGAAGUAGGAGGUCGCUAAUAUAUAAACUGUAAAUUUAAAAAUAUCUUCUCUAGAAAAGUCAUGCCCAGAGAAGUAAUUUUAAUACUUAAUGUAUGCAGUUCAGAUAAUUUUCUAUGUCAAAGCAAAGGUGCAAAGGUUGAUGUCUUGUUUUCCUUUGCAGCAGCCUAACUUCUUCAAACAAAUUAAUGUGAUGGAGGAUCACCAACAUAAUGACUUAGCUACUUUAAGUAGAUGAGAAACUAUUCCAAUAGUGUCAAUAACAGAGACUUUAAGCCAGAAUGUUGUUUAAAAACAUUCUGUUACUAAGAUUUUUCCAAAUUUGGGUAUUUACAUUUAUUUAUUGACCUUGAAAAAUAAAUAUGUCAAGCUAAGUGUUUGUUAUUAUUUUCAGUGACAGUAUUGCCACUUUAACUCCUUUUGGAAAGAAUCUAGCUGUUGUGGCUAUGGAGUUUAUCUCUUUGCCUAAGAUCCUUGCUCACAUUAGAAGAAUUCAUGUAACAUUUCCAGUUUCAGACUGAUGUGCCUGAAACUUAAUAUACUGUAGUUAGAAGAAUUAUGGUCAUUUGGUCACAGGAAGAAGAGUUAAAUGCAGUGCUCAUCAUGAAGUUCCAACUUGCAGAUAUUUCUGUUUCUUUCAAUAGAUGAGUGAAGGGUUUCAGGGUAUCUGAGAUGGAAGGCAUGCUGUUCUCUGUUAAUAUCCUUUUUUCUUUACAGGUCUUGAAGCUUUGGAAAAAAGGUAAAGGAUUCCUGAAAUCUAGGGCUGCAUGAGUUGAACUUGUUAGUGGCAAAAGUUAUAAGCAGUUCAGCUUCCUAAUACCCCAAAUGAAAUUCACCUGGAAGCUUAAUUUAUGCCCUACUGGGAGUAACCAUUCCAAAAGCACCUGUCACAGCUGGUAUCUCUGACAGUAUCUGAGGAUCAAAAAACCUGAACAGAAUUGCUUUUAUCUAUAUGAAGUGAGCUUGGAAAACAAUAUUGCACAAUACAGUCUUGGAGUACCAGGAAGACAAUAUCUACUUCUGUUUACUUCAUUUGCCUUUUUUUUUUUUUUUUUUUUCCUCUUUUUAUCCUCCAGCUCAUGUUCUUGCAAAAGGGUAUAGAUUUGUAUUUUAAAUCUAUUUAUACAAUUUAGCAUGCACAUGCUGCAAAUACCUACAUAAUAUAUAUAUGAAAGUGUCCAGAAAAGUAGAGUAGAACUUGUUUUCCACUAGAUAAAUGCUAGCACAGAAAACAAAAUCAUAGAAUUUUUGUUGUUGCAUUAUAGUUGUGACAUAAAAAAGCUACACACAAGUAUUCUUAAGAUUAGCAAAAACCUGAGCACUGCCAUAGAGAUGUUUUUCUAUAAGGCACUUUGUUAAAUGCUCAAAUCCACCAGUUUUUUGUGACAUUCACGGAAUCUGCAACCCAACAAAGCAGAUCCAAAGGAGGGUUGUAACACCAGAGCACGGAAUUAGCAUUCCUGAAAAUUCACUUAAACACAAUGCAAAACUACAUUUUGUAGCUGUCCCUGUCAUUCAUCUAUGAAAUAACGUGUUCAGAGUGUCUCUGCAGAGCUGCUCUUGUGGUUCACAGGCACAGAGCUCCAAGGGAAGCACAGGCUCUGCUGGGAACCUCACAUUGCCAGGCAGGCUCUUACUCACUUGGUAUUUCAAAUUAUUGUCAUGUUUCUUCAAACUUGUAUACACAAGCUCUUGAAAAAAGUUUCCAGUAUGUAAUAAAAGGCAGUUUUGAGUUCUUGAAAUGGAAUUUUCUUGUGCAUUCAGCAGGAAAUACUCUAGUGAAAGGUAAAGCUGAUGUAUUUUUAACCGAACCAUUCUUCGUUCCUGCUCCACUGGUUUUGUAACAAAGUUCAUUGCUUGGAUCAGCUCUUUGCAUUAGGAUGCUUAUUAGAAAAUCUAUACAAACUACAUCCUUCAAUACAACAUGCUGAAUUAAGAGCUUAUUUUAUAUAAAAAGUAGAUUUUUAAAGGUUGCAGCAUUAAACAGGUGACUCAGGAAAUGCACGUUAAUUGACACAGACUCCUCAUUAGAAAGCCUAUUACAGAAAAGCAAAAAUAACAAGCUGUAGUUUGUUUGCAAUAGAAUGCUCCCGUUUUUUCCAUCUGUGCUGUAAUGAAGAACACCUUGGUAGCAAGAAAAAUGUAACUCUAAAAACUUCAUUCAGUCCAGCAUAUCCUAGCAAAUGUCACAUGCAAGGCCUGAAAUGGCAUUUCAUCUUGACGAGUGCUCAUCCCUUUUUCUGAAGCAGAGGUAGCCAGAGACUGUUAGUGCUGGGUGGGAAAAUGGCAAGAGGUGAGUGACACCUUCUCACACCACAUCAUUUACACAGAGCCUGUGUGAUGUUCACAGUGUUCUGUACAGCUCCCUCUUGUUCACAGCUUGGCCAGGAGAAAAGCAGUGGAGGUAAGCUCGGCUGUGAUCUGCUUUGAUGGGGAAGAAUUGCCACAGGGGAAUGCUAAGGAGGAAAGAAAGGCUGGAAUAUAAAAGUCCCUUUGCUACCUCUUGAGAUUGUUUAAGGCUUUGUCCUUAAUUUUGCUGUUAUUUUGGACACAAAUAGCUGUGGCACAGCGUGCAGUGGCCGCAUUUUCUCACCUAGGUAAUGCCCAGCAGGUUCAUUUCCUGGCAGGUUGGCAGUGUCUGUCCCUGGACACACUGCUCUUCUCUCACUGUGCUUUAGAGUCAGGACUAGCUCUGCUGAUCCUCUGAUAGCCCCAAAUAUUCUUAUUAAAUGUCAGUUGCCUUAUGUUCAGUUUUGGUCAGUGUCAGCUCCUGUCACUCUGAGCUCUCUUUGCUGGAGAGUUCUCUCUAGAGAACUUGCUGAAAUCUGCCUUCCCCUUCCUUUUCUGCUUUGUAGGAUUACUUGUGUUCAUGGAGAAGCUUCACGUGCUGAAAUGGGCAAUUCCUUGUUUUUCAAGGUUAAAACCUUUAAAUACUCAGAUAAUUAUCAUUAGAAAGUCAAGAUCCCAUGUUUGCCUCUGCUUUAUAGCAUAGAAAAGUGUGCAACAUGAUAAUGCUAUUUUUGGGAAAUCCUAGGGGCCAAUUCAGAUGAAGUUUCAGCACUCAAAGUAACUGAAACGUUUGCUAGCUCAGUCUCACCAGUGUUUACAAAUAGCGUAACACUGCUGAAAUCAAAGGCAGCUGCUGCUCUGAUCAGGGCAGAGCUGAGGCACUGCCUGUGCUGCUGGGGCCAAACGUGAACCAAGUGGGGUUGUUUGACAGAGUCCAACACUCAGCCAAAUGUACAGAGAUCUUGGGGGUGGACAGGGACACACAUCACAGAGCUGGAUGAAAUAAUGGGAUACUUGCUCUGUCUUGAAGUUCCUGUUCUCUUUCCUUGUUGAAGCCCUUAGGAAAAUUUGGAUGGGCUCUUUUCAAGUUAAAACUUCAGCUGUAACUUUGAAAAGUUAAGUUUAUGUUCAGCAUUUUUGAAAAUUUCACCUUAGUUUAGCAUUUUUAGAUUUUUUUCUGAAUGUGUUUCCAAAAAACCUGGGAUAACUUGUAUUUUUGUCAGAAACCUUGUGAUGGUUUUUAUUCCUGCUUACUGCCCAAGGAAAAGGUCAAAAUUGCAAUUAGAAGGAACACCAGUGUGGCUUAAAUCACUUGAAGAACUUAAAUCAGCUGAGUAAUGGGAACACCCUUGGGUUUGCUCAUCUCUUGUUUUGGGGAACUCCAAAAUAACUCGGAAAACAGACAAUUUUCUCUCUAAUAUUUUGUUAUCAGACCAGCAAUGGGUCUAUUAAUUUUAGGGCUUUUGUUAUUGCAGAUUAACCAGAGCCAGAAACUGGUUUAUCUGAGUUACUGUUUUGUUUACAAUUGAGUUUUAGUGAAGCCCUUCACACUGAAAGUUUGAAACCAGGUUCUCUGUGAGGUAACAGGAUGGGGAUUUUGACCAAUUGCCAAAUAGGGUAGAUAUUACCACUGAAUCCAUUAACUACAGGAAAGAAGUAUUGCUGUGGAAAUAAAAUCCUUCUUUUGUUUGGAAAAGCAUAGUAAUAGGUAGUGUCUUCAAGACAGUGCAGAUAGAUACAGUGAACCAAGGCACCUGCUUGUGGCUUUGAAACUAUUUGUAAUCCAGCUUUUUCAUUUUUUAUCAUCAAUAGUUACAAUAAUUAUAUGUUUGCAUUCCAUAUACUUGGGUUACAGCAGUAUGCUUGUAUUUCUGGAUUUCUUACAUGCUUUUUCUUAGGGACUGGCAAGCAAAAAACACUUCAGAGAACCCCUUAAAAAAGUGACCCUAGGUACAAUGAUUUCAAGGGACAAACCCAUUGUAGCAAGGGUUUUUUCACCUGUAUUUCGGUAACUCUUGAAAUCACUAGUGCUGUAACAUUAUGCUGAAAAGUGUGACUGAUCAGGGAGCUACAGUACAGACAUGGAUGGAACAAGCAGGUUUUGGUUUGGAUAUACUUUUUACUCGCAAAAACACCCCAAUUAAUGCAGGUUGCUACAAAUUGUACUGGCCAGGUCUUUACACCUGGGAAUGUUUUUUCCCUGUGUCUUUGCAAUGUGUAGUCACUGUUUACAGGCUGUUGAUAGCAGUUCUUAGAACUAUAGAAGUAUCAAGUAUUUAUGCUGUGCCACAGAAAUCUAUUCUAAAUCUGUUACAUUGUGCUCAGUAUUAUGUUAAUUCCUUAUAGCAGUUUCUUUAUAAGGGAGUGAGAAAUACUGUCAGCAGUUUCCCCAGAAUAACCUGAUAGAGCUUUAAUGUUAAAUGGUUUAUAUUACAGCUUUCAGAAAAACAAGUUCUUAUCAAAGUUUGUUUUUUGGUUUUUUUAAGUAAUUUUCAAUUAUCCUUUUAUCUGGUCACCAGCUGCAUAGCCCUUAUUUGUAUCACUUGUGAUAAUCACAUACACAUUUUACACAUACACAUAAGCUUAGUGAAGAAAUAACUGAUGGAACAUACAAAAAUGAAUCCUACAGAAGUCACCCCAGCUUCUCCAGUGCUAAGUCAAAUAAUUGCUGUCUUAACUGCCUUGAUUGGGUCUCUUUAUAAAAAGAAAUGUUUUUUAAAAAAGCCCCUCGCACAAAAAUACGCCAGGGUUUAGAAAAGUUCCAAAGUACUUCCAGAUUAGUAAUGUCUUCAAGAUGCCACCAGACUUGUGCAAUUCCUCUGUUAAAUCAGCAGUUUAGCUGUGAGUCUGUUAGUCACCCCAUGCUUACCUGAUCUCUAAAUCUAGUCUUAAAAGGAAAUGCAAAAUAAAGCUGAUGCAAGGGACUCUGGAUUUACCAAGAGAGGGGAGAAGUUAAUUUUUUUAACUUGUAUUUUAGAGGUGCAUGACACAAUUAAAUCUAGUCAUGCAGUAGCAUUUGUACCAAUGUAUGUGAAUUAAAUACUUUUCAUCUUGUUACACCAUUAUCCAACACUGUAAUGGCAUCUACAAGUUCAACUACUGAAUGUUUUGCAUUUUAAAAGCCUUAAUUGUUUAUAUUGUAUUAAUGUGUUUUUAAAGACUAUAAGGAAAUAACAUUUUCCUUGUAAAUUGUUAAAAUAAUUUUGAACACAAAUAAUUUUCAGAAAAAUCCAGUUCUGUAUCUUAAUACCCCUUUUUGUUUGUGUACCACAAAGCUGUUAAAUUCUGUUAACUUUUAAAAUAGUGUCUCCUGUUAUCAGCCUCUCUCUAGUUCAAGGUCUUUACCCAACUGAGAUUUAUUUUGGUUAACAGUCUUCUGACACUCAUUGUAUGUAAAUAAAUUCAAGUGAGCAAACUUAAAUAAAUAUUUCAUUUAGAUA